AACAUCUUGUGCAUUCUCCAAAGCAAAAGUUGUAGUAGUAGACCAGUAGUACUUUUAGGAGUAGUGUUCAGUUGUUCACUCUCUAUCUGUUCUCUCUCUCUCCCUCAGUCUCUUGCAGAAAGGGGAGACCAUUUGGAGAUCCCGAUUCCCGAUCGCUGUUGCCUGUUCGGAGGGUUUUAACUAGCGAUACAGGUUUCAAAAUGUCAGCGAUGGAUUUGAAGGAAAACAAGUUCCUGAGUGUCGGCCUCCUCAUUGUCGCAACCAUGGUUGUUGCGAAAUUCCUCUCUGCGUUUCUGAUGCCUAAAUCCAGAAAACGUCUCCCCCCUACCAUAAAAACAUGGCCGGUGCUCGGUGGCUUGAUUCGCUUCCUCAAAGGCCCUGUUGUCAUGCUUAGGGAAGAGUACCCCAAGCUCGGUAGUGUAUUCACCCUCAAUAUAUUGAACAAGAAGAUAACUUUCUUCGUUGGACCUGAGGUGUCUGCCCAUUUCUUCAAGGCCUCCGAAUCUGAUCUUAGCCAGCAAGAGGUCUAUCGGUUUAACGUCCCAACUUUUGGCCCCGGAGUUGUGUUCGAUGUCGACUAUUCUGUGCGGCAGGAGCAGUUCCGCUUCUUCACUGAGGCUCUAAGGGUGAAUAAAUUGAAGGGCUAUGUGGAUCAGAUGGUUGUGGAAGCUGAGGACUUCUUCUCAAAGUGGGGUGAGAGUGGUGAAGUUGACCUAAAGUACGAACUUGAGCAUUUAAUCAUCUUGACAGCAAGCAGGUGCCUUUUGGGUAGGGAAGUUCGUGAUCAAUUAUUUGCAGAUGUGUCUUCUCUCUUUCACGAUCUUGAUAAUGGAAUGCAACCUAUCAGUGUCAUCUUCCCAUACCUCCCCAUCCCAGCCCACCGUCGCCGUGACCAAGCCCGCAAGAAGCUGGCGGAUAUCUUUGCCAACAUUAUAGUUUCCCGUAAACGUGCUGACAAAUCUGAGAAUGACAUGCUGCAGUGCUUCAUCGACUCAAAGUACAAAGACGGCCGGCCAACUACCGACGGAGAGAUCACUGGCCUGCUCAUUGCUGCCCUAUUCGCCGGACAACACACCAGCUCCAUUACUUCCACCUGGACUGGCGCCUACCUGCUUACUCACCAAAAGUACCUCUCAGCCGUGUUGGAUGAGCAAAAAAGCCUGAUGAAACAGCACGGUGACAACAUUGAUCACGAUAUCCUGUCUGAGAUGGACGUGCUUUAUCGGUGCAUCAAGGAAGCACUGAGGCUCCAUCCUCCUUUGAUAAUGCUGCUACGUAGCUCCCAUUCUGAGUUCAGCGUGACAACCAGAGAAAGGAAACAGUACGACAUCCCAAAAGGUCACAUAGUUGCUACAUCGCCAGCCUUUGCCAACCGGCUGCCACACGUCUACAAGGACCCAGACAGGUAUGACCCGGACAGGUUUGCAGCUGGGAGGGAAGAGGACAAGGUAGCUGGAGCAUUCUCGUACAUCUCGUUUGGUGGUGGUAGACAUGGUUGUCUUGGGGAGCCAUUUGCGUAUCUGCAGAUAAAGGCAAUUUGGAGCCAUUUGCUAAGGAAUUUUGAGCUGGAGUUGGUGUCACCUUUUCCGGAUAUUGAUUGGAAUGCCAUGGUGGUGGGUGUGAAGGGGAAGGUGAUGGUGCGAUACAAGCGACGACGGCUUUCUGUUGAAUAAUUUUGGAUGUUCAGAAUUAGGAUGAUUUGCCAACGUUUGUGUUUUUUUUUUUCAUUUGCUUAGUUUGCAAAGGUGUGUUUUACUCUGGCGACUGGCUUCUGGUAAUUAAUUUCAUGUUGCCAUCUUAAAACCCUUUACUCCCAUGGGCUGUAGUAUUUAUGUAGAAGAGCUUUGAUCUUGUUAUCAGGAAGACGAGAGACGUCUGUAUGACUGUAUGUGUGUGUGUUUUCAAAGUUGAAGGAGAAUGUGGAGAGGUGUUUGGGAAAGAAAGGUAGGUGCUUGCCAAAUGCCAAAUUGCCAAUGGGUUGUAGUGGCUUCCCACAUCAGCAUUAUGCAACAUUGGGAAUGAAUUUCAUUUGAUAAUGUUGAUUUAUGCAGAAGAAAGGUGGUGGUGCAUUUGAUAAAUAAAGUGCAGGGAGUAGGCUGUAUUUUGAAUCCA